AUGUCCGUUGACCACGCCACCUCGGCCGCACACCCGAUUCAGCGACAUGAUCCGCUAGUUUGGAUUGACUGUGAGAUGACGGGUCUUGACCCAGAAACGGAUGCCAUCAUUGAGAUUUAUUGCAUUAUUACCGAUGGCCAACUAAAGCUGCUUGACGAGUCGGGGUGGGGCACUGUCGUACACCAGACAAAAGAGAAAAUGGGCAUGAUGGAUGAGUGGUGUACCCGUGUCCGUAUGUCACGUCCCAUGUUAUUAUUUGUUUCAGGACUCGACACCUCCAUUUUCCACCCUGCCCGGGGUUCUUCGUCAUCUAUGGGAAAGAACGGAUGGGGAACGGUUGCUAAACAGAGUGUGGUAGAUGGCGAGAGUGGCCUCACUGCGGCCGUCAUCCAGUCAACCGUGACACCUCAGCAGGCAGCGGAUGGCCUCCUGGCUUACAUACAAAAAUAUAUCCCGGAAAGAGGUCAAGCACUUCUCUCGGGGAACAGCGUGCACGCCGACCAGGCAUUUCUCAGAAAAGGCCCCCCGGGCCUUGUGCCAACCUCGAUGCCUACCAGCUCCGAUCCGCAGGUUGCCUUGACCGUGCCUCGUAAAAAGGGUACACACAAGGCAAAGGACGACAUACUCGAGAGCAUCGAAGAGGCUAAGUAUUAUAGGUCGGCCAUUUUCCAGCCUGCUGGGCCCUGA